UGGAGGAGUGGUCUUCACUCUGCUCAAAAGGAUUCAGAACUGAACACAUCAUCACUCUCGACACACACACACCUGCUGUGGAUAUGCCGUUCACUGUUGUGCUGGAUGGACCCGCACCGUGGGGCUUUCGACUUAUUGGAGGACAAGACUUCAGCCAACCAUUCACCGUCGCCAAAAUAUCACCAGGAAGUAAAGCUUCCAGUGUCAACCUCUCUCCUGGAGACAUCAUUUUAGCGAUAGAUGGAGUUUCUACAGACAAAAUGAUGCACUGUGAGGCUCAGAAUCUAAUCAAGAAUGCCGCCUAUCAGCUCACACUUACUGUUGAGAGACCAGAGACUAAGCUGUGGUCACCAAAUGUCACUGAAGACAACAAAACCAAUCCAUUUAAAAUGAGUCUAGAGGCAGAAAGACAAGAGUACAGACCAAUAGGAACAGGCCAUAAUCGAAGGGCUUCACCCUUUGUGGCUGCAGCCAACAUCGAUGAAUCACGUCAGGUGGUGAGCCCAACCUACAACUCCCCUAUCGGCCUUUACUCUUCAGGCAACAUCCAGGAUGCCCUAAAAGGACAACUCAAGGGCCUCAUCCAUAACAAACAAGACAGUCCCAGGAAGCUUAGCAAUAUAGAGGAUUCAGAUGUAUAUCGGAUGCUGAGAAAUGAAGAUGAGGACGAACCCCACGAACCGCGACAGUCUGGAUCCUUUAAAGCCUUACAGAGCUUCAUCAACAGUGAAGGUCCAUUAGUGACAAGGAAAGUCUGUGCCCCCACGACCAGGCCAUCUGCUCCUGCGGGGAACUUGCACAAGUUACCAAUGUGUGAUAAGUGUGGGAACGGCAUAGUUGGGACGGUUGUGAAGGUUCAGGAUAAGCUUCGUCACCCGGACUGUUUUGUGUGUACAGAAUGUGAGGAAAACCUGAAGCAGAAAGGAUACUACUUCAUAGAUGAUGAGCUGUUCUGUGAAACCCACGCUCAUGCCCGGGCAAAACCUCCUGAGAGUCCAGACCUCUGACAUUCUCACUAACUCUAAGUCUAGGCACUAAGUCAACUACUCAGUGCAUGCACAUCUUGUUUUAACCACAGACACAAACAUUUUGGCACAAAUCAUGCACAAUCAUGAUGGACACAGGAUUAUGGAUAGUGCAUUGUUGUGUCAUGUGCUGAGAGUAUUUUGCACCUUCAAGCAAGUUUUUGAAUAAAGCAUAUUGUUUUUUGAGAAUCAUAUACUUCUAUUUUGUUUAAAGCAGGACAGGGGAGAGCUUUCCUGACACAUGAAACAAUAUCCAUCAAGACUCAACAACUCACAACAAGUGGUUUUGUGUAUUUACAUCAUUGCCAUGUUUAAUUUGCUUGCAGGUCACAAAUGAGUGAUGAAUAGAGUAGAAAGCAUUUCUUAAUUUUGAUUCUGAAUCUUUUGUUCGACUUCUGACAUAAAGAGAAGUCUGCUUUGGACUUUUACUGUCACCUAGAGUAAUGUACACAAGUGAAAUUUACCUUGUUGUUAUUGUGUUUUCUGCAUGCAUCACAUUUAAUGUCUUUUCAUCUCAAGCAUGCCCUUUACUGACACUGUUGUCUCGUAAAGGUGACUUUUGAUUCAACUUUAUUAGUGGCAAAAUUGUUCAGUUUGGUGGAAAUAAAACAACUGAUAUAAAUAAAAUUGUAUUAAAAGUCUGG